AUGCACUCCUUCAAUGUUCAACUAUCCCUUUUCUCCAUUGUCUCCCUUCUUCUUCUUCUUGUUCACAAUGCAUCAGCCAUUGAUCCUCUCUUCUCAUCAUGCUCAAACUCCAACAACCACACUUCUAACGAUGAUCCCUUCGCUAAAAACUUGAACCAACUCAUGUUUCAACUCAUUUCAGGCUCUCCCUGCACUGGCUACAGCCUCAGCUCGAUUGAUCAAAGCCCCUACAAAAUAAACGGACUCGCUCUUUGUCGAGGGGAUGUCAACAGAACCACAUGCAAAUCCUGUAUCCGUAAUGCAAGCACACAGAUCCUUCAACUCUGUCCCUACAAAAGGCAGGGCAUCAUUUUGUUCGACGAAUGCCUUCUUCGUUACUCAGACACUGAAUUCUUCGGGCAAGUGGAUGACAGGGAUCAAUUUAUCCUCGUGAACACCGGGAACGUGUCUUGGUUGCAGUCAGAGUUCAAUACACAGGUCAUGCAGCUGAUGGGUUCUCUGAAGGGGGAUGUUAGUCGAUCGCCGCUGUUUUUUGGGACUGCAACGAUGAGGAUUGGACAGUCAGAGAUGCUGUAUGGAUUGGCUCAGUGCACGAGAGAUCUUUCGAGUGAAAGUUGUGAGAAGUGUUUGGAGAGUGCUGUUGGAGAACUGCCUAGUUGUUGUGGGGGGAAAAGAGGCGCAAGAGUUGUUGGCGGGAGUUGUAAUGUGAGAUAUGAAUUGUACCCGUUCUACAAUUAAUGCUUAAUUAGUGUGUUAAAAUAUUGUUCUAAUAUAAGUAUAUUUUGUAAUUCAUCACUUACA